AUGCCUUCAAAUGCAAAGUUUUUUAAGGCGCUUCUCAUGAAGAAAAGAAAUUAUAUUGAGAAGGAGACCAUUAAAGUGCAAGAGAAUUGCAGUGCAAUCAUACAGAAGAUGUUACCUCCUAAACUUCAAGAUCCAGGGAGUUUCACCAUUCCAUGUACCAUAGGAGAUUUGGAAGUUGGAAGAGCUAUGAUUGACUUGGGAGCUAGCAUUAAUCUAAUGCCACUCUCUAUGUUCAAGAGGAUUGAAGGCUUGGAACUUAAGCCUACGAGAAUGACUCUUCAACUGACAGAUAGGUCUCUCAAAUAUACCUAUAGGUUGGUUGAAGACGUGUUGGUGAAGGUGGAUAAAUUCUUAUUUCCAGUGGAUUUUGUCAUAAUGGAUAUGGAGGAGAAUGGAGAUGUGCCUCUCAUUCUAGGGAGACCAUUCAUGAAGAUGGCUAGAAUCUUAAUUGAUGUAGAGAAUGGCAAGCUUAAAGUUAGGGUGCAAGAUGAAGAGGUGGAUUUUAAUGUGUUUCAAGCAAUGUCACAUCCCAAGGAUGAUAAAGCAUGUUUCCAAGUUGACAUUGUUGAUGAAAUCUGUAUGAUGCAAGGGAAUAAGGUGCAUGGUGCUUCUCCACUUAAAAGAACUCUUAUUGAUGAAUGUGAAGAUUUGAAUGAAGAGGAGGAGAAGUUUAUUGAUGAGUGCUUGACGGAUUUGGAGGUAUUGAAAGAAAUCCCAACAGAUGAGGCUAGUUUUGAGAAGAUUGAUACCAAGGAGGAAGUCAAAGAAAGUAAGCUUGAGCUAAAGGCAUUACCACCACAUUUGAAGUAUGUGUUCUUGGAAGAAAAUGGAGGGAAGCCAGCCAUCAUUAGUAACUUGUUAUCUCCUAAAGAAGAAGAGAAAUUGGUAAUAGUUUUGAAAGCCAACAAAGGAGUUAUUGGGUGGUCAAUCUCAGAUCUUAAAGGUAUAAGUCCAACAUACUACAUGCAUAAAAUUUUCAUGGAGAAUGAUUAUAGGCCAGUAGCUCAACCACAAAGGAGGCUCAAUCCUGUGAUGAAGUAG